CGUUCGCAAUCGGGAAAAAUUCACAGUAACGUAGGACAUUGGUCGUGUACACGAGAUCUUAACCACCAAGUUUUCGAACAUAACUGAUUCACAACAACCUAAAAGUACUACGGUCGAGCGGGUUAGAAGUAGAACGAAAAGGAAUCCAUCUUAUUUUACGUGCAAGAGUGCAAUUACAGAGUUCGUUAUAAACUUGUGUGUUAAAAUCUUUUGAUCUCCAUGGCGUACAUCUGGCAACAGGGCACACCGGAAACAAGGACAGCGCUGAUUGCAGAAAUCAAGCCAACCAAGGAUGAAACACGCCGUGAGCGUAUCUGAACUCCGUGAUCGCGUCAGAUAAGUCCGAGUCGGGCCUCCGCCUUGUUCCCGCGAAAAACUCUUGUCGUCAAAAGAGGAAGGGGGGGGCGGGGAACGACGCGUGAUUCACGCGACGGACACCCGACAUAUUUCCCCUCGCCGCCGGCAGCGCCGCGCCGCGGGGAGGGAGCUAGUCACGCAUCGCUCGUCGCGCGAAGCGGUCAGCUGGUGGUCGCCCGAGCGAGACAUCGACCACGCGUGGCGUUCGGAAAAAAAAAAAAAACCACACGCCAUGCUUGAACGCAUCAAGCACUGGGAGGCGGCCCCGCCCGACAUGGAGGUCGCAGCCGGCCGCAGGAGCGACCCGCGCGAGCUGCCGAGGCCGCGCAAGCCCGGCUUCUCCUCCAGGAGGUCUUCUUUCUCCGUGGUGAGCAUCUUCCCUCCCCGGGAAGGCGGGGAGAUCGCGCCCUGCGCGGAGAACACGGAGAACACGGAGAACACGGACCCCGGCAAGGCAGUGUGCCCCAACUGCGCAGAGCUGGACGCCAUGUUGGAGUGCGCCGUGUGCCUGGAGACGCUCCAGGGCGCCGGCAUAUACUCGUGCGCGCUGUGCGGGAACAGUGUGUGCUGGGCCUGCUGCCUGAAGGUGGACAGGUGCCCCUUCUGCCGCUCCAACCUCCCGUUCGACCGACGGACCAGGAACCUGGCGAUGGAGCGCCUGGUAGCCAAACUAGCACUCCAGUGCAAAAACUUCAGGUGGGGGUGCCUGGAGAGGCUGAGCCAGCCGGAGCGCCAGGAGCACGAGCGAGCCUGCCCUUUCUCGCGCGACGCCUGCCCCGUGCAGCCGUGCCCGUGGCGGGGGGACGCCGCCCUGCUCACACGGCACGCCCGGGAAGCGCACGGCCUCGUCCUGCUGGUCGGCGACAGCAUCACCGUUGACAUCGCCAGGUUCCGGGCCAAGGUGGCGCAGAGCGACCGGCGGGCGAGGCGCUACUGUGUGUCCCUGUUCUGCCACUCGGCCGUCUUCACCUGCCGGAUCCACCUGCGCCGCGGGACACUGCGCAUGGCGUUCGCCAAGCUGUGCUGCACGGAGGGGGACGCCCGCGCCAGGCGGCUCUUCGGGGCGUCCCUGGACAUCCGCAGCUCCUUCAAGACCCUCCGAGGCAUCAUGCCCAUAGCCCACUGCAGCCGCAACGCCAAGGAGCUGAGCGUCUCCUGCGAGGGCUUGCUGUCUCCGUGGAAGAAGACAGACGAGAACGUCAAGAUUGCCAUAACGAUACGACCCCUCACGUGACCCACGCACGUCUGUCCUAAUUUAUUUCUAAUUGUCUACGCUUUUUUUUAAUUUAUUGUUUGAUGAAUCACGUUUGCAGCACCAGUUAGAGCAUGCAUAUAUUUAGUAAAUUAAUUUUUAUACUUAUUUGAGAAUUGCACUAUCUCGAAUCACUGAAAUGAAUAAAAUGAUGUUAUACAUGAAAA